UCACUUUAUUGUUUCUCUCAGCCAAUAAAAGGAAGUGGUAUGGGCCUAAACAGCUAGGCGAUACAGAUACUGUGUUACAUAAUUUGCGGAACGAAGAUACUAAUAUAUCGGAGUGCGUUAUAUCUUCCGUUUUUGGAUUGACAAGAAUUUCUCGCGGGUGUGGAUUAUAUGCUCUCUCUUGGACAGAAAUUUUUAUGUUCGUCUCGAUACACUUCUUGUUACAGUUACACAUAGAGAAAGUCUAGUUUUUAAUUGUACGAUGCCUAUGAGGAAAAUCUAACACUCAUAAAUAUUGUUGCCGUAAUACGUCAAGUAUAUAUAUGUGUGUGUAGAUACAUCGUGUGAUGUCGGUAUAUAUGUAUAAUAAUAAAUGUUAAUUAAUAGUAAUGGAUCUAAAGUUAAGUUUCGUAUGCUGUAACGUAAGCAGCGGGGAAAAAAUGUAGCGCUUCCGGUGAAAGCCAUUACCGUGGAAGAUAACACUGACAAAUUGAUUACAAACUCGGUUACUAAGUCACAAAAAGUAAUACAAGUGUGGGUCAUUACAAAUUACUAAUUAAUAAUAUUUAUAUUAUAUAAUAGUAAUGUGUAUACCACGCAAAUUACCUCUUAGCACCUAGAAGUAUUUCCUUUCUUUCUCUCUCUCUCUCCCUCUCUCUCUCUCUCUCGCUCGCUCGCUCGCUCGCUCGUUCUCUCUAACACACGAAUAAUCAAAGUCGUUUUAUCCAGUAUCAAAGAGACACGUUAUAACAGUAUUAUAGCCUAGUUAAUAAUCUGGGCAAAAGAGGCAGAGUUUGUAUUUUCUUCGGGCAUGAAUCUCUCUACUUUAUGAGAUGUAACGAAGAUUUGUCAGUUUCCCGUUCAGCUUUGACAUUUCUGAUCGACUUACAAAUGCCUAACACAUAAUAUUCCAGAAAAACACGAAAAUACGUUGAGAAUUAUCGAAGGUUCGAAGAGAUAUUACAUCGAUUAUCGUAAAUAUUUGGUCGAUUACGCGUUACCUAAUCGUUUAUUAAGGAUCGUUAAGCUUACUAUUUAAUAUUAUCGCUAUAAUGCCGCAUAGUAUUAAGUUUAUUUACUUAUAUAUCGAGGCGUUUUUAAUCAACUUAAAGAUUAAAAUCCAUCAAACGUACCCUGAAUUAUAUUAUUAUAAAUCUAAAUAUUUUUCCUCUCUUUUUGCCCGCUAACAAGCGCUCUCUCGCGUGCAUCCGUUUGUUUAUUUUACGCAAACAUUCUCUAUUUUAUUUGUCUCGUUGAACAAGGAGGCGUAGUUAUUGUUGUACGUAUGUAUGCACCAUUAUUCUUUUCUUAGUUGUGCCUUUAGUUCGCAAAUCAACUGCUGUCAACGAAUUAUUGUUGCUACAUGUAAAUAGUACGAUGUUAGAAUGUAUAAUCAAUUCUGCAUUGUAACGGAUUAAUCAAGAGAUUGCAAGCCUUCCAAGUAUGCGUUACUGGCACUUGUUUGCUAAGUAAGGAAGAGAUUCGCCAAAUAAUACAUACCCUAACAAGUAACAAUACACAUUAUCAAUUAUAAUAAAGAGUAUAAUCCGUAAAUAGACCGUCCUCGACAUUUAAAAACACAAAUCAUUUUUUCUUUUUUUUUUUUUGGUGACAAGAAUCGAGUUUUUAACCUCGAAGCUCGUCGGGCUUUUUCACAUUCUUCUUUUUUCGAGCCUAUUUCGAGUAACAAUUUUAAUAGCAUAAAGUUGUUCUCAUUUAGAACUCGCACACAAUAGUCUUUAUAGAAAUCAUUAUCGACGUUGAGGGGAAUUACAUACACACACACACCAGGAGAUUAGUCUCACGAGUGUCGAAUUGUCUUGACCUGCGAUAAGAAUGCAAGCUGAUCUCGAGCGAUUGUUCGUACUCGAACGAUUCCCUCGAAAUAUAUUGAAAAAUACACUUGGGUGUUUCCCUAACGCAGAGUUCGACCUCGUAUACUCCGCAUUAUACGAAACUGAAAAAUAACAAUCUCCCCCGUACCCUCCCCCCAUUACCCAUGAAAUGCAUGCGGUCGAGUGGAGUACUCUCUCUAAUCGACACGUGCACACGUUCGUUCUGAUUGUUAGAGGCAUGGAACUCCUCACCAGCAGGUAUAUACGAUUGGAAUCGCACUCCUAACGACAAGUUUGGAGAACAAGCGAACAACGAUUUGCAGCAGUAAUCAUGAGAUAUAUAACAUCAAAGGCUGACAUUGAAUAAUCAUCAGGGCGCGACAACAUUGUGCCCUUUCCGUUCAAAUCUAUUCUCACCCCGGAGGGAUAUCCAAACUUGGAAACCUACGCAAUAAAAGAAAGUUUGGAUCGUUAAAGAGAGUGGUUUCCUUUAAGGUCUCCUUGAAAUUACGGAGACAAACAGAAGAUUUCCACACAUGCAGCGUGCCAAAGUUAUUCAAAACAGUGAAUCAGAGGUUAGAUUACACGGUCUUGGAGAUCCUGCCCCUCCUCGGCAUUUAAAUAUGUUCAUCGGGUGGUAUUUCUGGACGAGAGUCAGUAAACGUCACGUGAACAUCGUGGGAGUAUCCGAAAAUUCGGUCUCGUCUUUCUCCUUCUCUCUUGCCCGUAGGCGUCUGAAACGCACCCCGAGAACGCGCCUAUUUAAGCUCCUCGCGCUUCCGCGACUGAAUCAGACAGUCAAUACUCGUAUCUCUGAACCGCGUUGUAUUUCUUCGCUCUAAGUUUUCCUCCUACGUGCGAAAAAAAGGAAAAGGUAUUCAAAGAUGUUCGAUUCUCAAAUGUCCGAUUAGAAAUGUCAAAUUAUCUUGACUGUUGAUUGAAUAUGUCGGUGGUGCCAUUGAUAUUCCGUGACUGGUGGGACGAUUUAGAUCGACCCAUGUCCAGAUUGAUGGACCAACACUUUGGCAGAGGAUUAAAUCGAGACGAACUCCUAUCACGGUUCUCCGAUCUCAACCUCGACAGACCUCUACGUUCGAUCUUUCGCGAUAGGUACUACCGUCCCUGGAGGAACGUGACGUGUCAGCCCUCGAGUGGAUCGAGCACGAUCCAGAUCGACGACAAGGACAACUUCCAGGUAAUAUUGGACGUUCAACAAUUCUCACCGGAGGAAAUCACGGUGAAGACGGUCGGUAACAACGUUAUUGUCGAAGCCAAACACGAGGAGAGACAAGACGAGCACGGAUUUAUCAGCAGACACUUCGUACGGAGAUACGUCUUGCCUCCAUCUCACGAUGUGAUCAAUAUUACCUCGAGCCUUUCUUCGGAUGGUGUUUUAACUAUCACGGCACCCAAAAAGGGAGAGACACCUAGCGGAACUGAACGAAUCAUUGAAAUCACGAAAACAGGAGAACCGGCGAGUAAACCGGUCAAAAUAGAAACGUCUACGGAAGAAAAAUAAUAAUCACGACCGAAGUA